AUGAAGACCCCAGAGCAAAACCACCAGCAUGCGCAUGAAGGCGGUCUCACGAAGGAGCCAGAGGCACAAGCAGCCGUCCACCAAAAGCCCAAGAGGCGUCGAAGCAGACAACCAACGAUACCAAGGAGUCGAGACGGGAUACUGCUCAAGCGUACGCAAGAGACAGGCACCCCGAAUGAGACCGAGGCGGCGUGGAGUCCGCCAAAGCUAGAAGCAAGGAGAAUGACUCCGCUGCCAGUGCGCGUGGCGUCAGCAGCAGUGUCUGGCGUCGAUGCGACAAGCUUUGGGAGUGGAAAAGGGCAAAAGGUCAAGAAAAAGAAAAGAUGGAUGCUGGGGUCGUGGAUAAGAGGAAAUGAAACGAAGAGAAGUAGCCGGGGGAAACCUCCAACAUCUCAAGAGCCAAGGCAGACAAAACCACCUGUGAUGAAGACCCCAAAGCAAAACCACCAGCAUGCGCAUGAAGGCGGUCUCACGAAGGAGCCAGAGGCACAAGCAGCCGUCCACCAAAAGCCCAAGAGGCGUCGAAGCAGACAGCCAACGGUACCAAGGAGUCAAGCCGGAAUACUGCUCAAGCGUACGCAAGAGACAGGCACCCCGAAUGAGACCGAGACGGCGUGGAGUCCGCCAAAGCAAGAAGCAGGGUGA